AUGCAGCGCGAAAAAAGAAUCUCGCAAGUUUUACGCGAACUGAAAAUCAAAACCGGCGUCCUCCGUCGCCUCUCCAAAGAGAGGGAAAUGUACGAACGAGAAGUUUUGGAUUUCACUUCGCGAAUAGAAAAAGACGAGAGGAUUGACCGAAACGACGACGACGAAACGAACGACAACAACAACGCGAGACAACGGAAACAGUGCCUGGAAGAGUCGAAAGCGAUGGUGAGAGACACGUUCGUUCGAUUAGAAAAAGCGUUCGUGGAUUUAGAGGAGUUCGUGGAGACUCUCGUCGAGGGAAAGGAGGACUUUGAUGUGCGCGACGAGGUGACUGGGAAGGAGGAGUUUCGACUCGCGAAAGAACAGGUGGAACGAGUGAAACCGAGUUUGUGUUGA